AUGGAGAAAUUACGUGUACCUUACCGUGAUGGGCCCCCAAUGAGUGUAGCCGACAGGAAGAAGUGGUUGCUGCGGAUGAUGGAGAUGCUCACCAAACACGAGGCUGAUUUUUGCGAGGCUCUAUAUCGGGAUCUCCACAAACUGCCACGCAUCUUUUUGAGCCUGCUGGACACUUGCAGAGUCCAGCCGCAGCCCUACGGCAAGGUGCUCAUUUUGGGCCCCUGGAAUUAUCCCCUCUUCCUGCUGCUGAUCCCUCUGGCUGGUGCCAUAGCCGCCGGCAACGUGGUAGUCUGCAAGCCCUCGGAGCUUGCUCCUGCAACGGAAAGACUGCUGACUCUGCUGUUGCCCAAGUACCUGGACGAGGAAACUCAAAAGCUCCUGGACACGGUUCGUUUCGACUUCAUUUUCUUUACUGGCGGUCAAACUGUGGGUCGCCUUAUAAUGCAGGCAGCUGCCAAGAAUCUCACACCUCUUUGUCUGGAGCUCGGUGGCAAAUGUCCUGUCUACAUUGACGAAUCUGCUAACCUGAACAUCGCGGCAAAACGCAUACUAUCGGGCAAGUUGCUGAAUGCUGGCCAAACAUGCAUUGCUCCCGACUACAUACUGUGUCAUCGCCCGGCACGCGAAAUAUCGCCGGAUUUCGAGCCUGUUGAGCUGUUGCAACCGCAUUCUCUAUUUAUGCAGAUGGAUUGA